UGGACAGAGACAUGGAAUCAUAGUCGACUUUUCUCUCCUCACAAUGGCAGCGCCCUCUCUCUCUACUUCGAACGCUCUCUACCAUCCUUCACGGGCCGUUACCGCCCCCGCAAUCGCCAUUCCUCUCUUCUCAAGCUUCCAUGCUCCUCCGGAAAUUUCCUUCUCUCCGCUUCAUCAUCGCCGUUCAUCUCUCUUGCUCUCUUCUAAUCCCCGUGCUAAAUCCGCCGUUUGUACAGCAGCAGUACGCCCGCCUCCGGACUCCGAUCCGCCUCCUGACGAGGAUCCGAUUCGUCUAAAAGGGCUAUGCAAGUGCACAUCAUCCUCGUAUUGGGUCAUGCCAAUUUUCUUUGUUUCGUUUCAACUUCUCCGAUGCCUCUAGAGUGACAACGACCAAUCUUUUUCACUAAUAAGUUCCAAUUUUGUAUAGAUUGUUCUGGUAGGUGUUUUCUUUGACAGGGAUUUGGUUGAUGGAUGUACAAGAUUGUCUACGAGGGUUGCAGUUGAAACAUUUGGAAUAAUUAGAAGUCUUUGCCACAACCUGGUUGACACAUUGCCCGUAGUUAUACGUAUGGCUAGAAUUUAUUUUUGCAUUAAAUAAAUUUUAAAAGUAGUGGUCAAAUUGUAUUUUGCUAGGUUUCUGAGAAGCUCAAAGUACUUGAGC